GAAGGAAAUCCAACAGCAUGAUCCCAUCCACGGGAAAGAUCGAUCGGUUACUGGUCGAGCUACGGCCACGUUUACAGUGUGCCAACUUUUUCAUAUCUUUUCCACGAAAGUUUGCCGAUAUCGAAUCAACCACCAUCGAAUUGGCCACCGAUCGUAUAACGAUCGUUAUGAAAGGUGAACGAGAGCGGUACGAAAUACGUACCGGUGACUACUUCCAGCUGCACACCCAAACGCUCAGUUCGCUGGUCAUUAAGAAUCGUUACAUUUGCUUCCGGGUGAACACUAACGAGAGUGUGUUCGGUUCCGAACGACUGUCUACCGAUACCAACCCGGACGACGAACCUUUCCGGCUGCUUUGUAAUGUUGAGGCGGGCAAACCUUAUCGAGUGCUUUGCAACAACUGUGGAGGCCCACUGGUAGAGCCUGCCGACCAAAACGAGUCGGGAAUUUCAUUCAACCGCGUACUGGAAUUACCCUCCGAGCAGCUGGAUACAGACGACUGGUUCUGUCAUCGACACGAUCAUCCUCGAGAAGAAGAGCAACAGGUACACAGUGGCCACACGCAUGGUGAAACUUCCACCCCUUCCCUAAGCACGACGUUCGAACCACAACAGUACGAUCUGUUCUACGGCACGUUCUACGCGCUAAUGCAUCGUUCCGUGCUGCAGCGAGUUCAUGUGCGCAAGGAACGUUUCGUGUACUGUAAGCGAUGCCUGCAGUAUCUGGGAUCAACGCGAAAGAAUCGAUCAUCGGUGAAGCUUUGGUACGAAAACGUUCGCUUCCAGGCGGACCGAUCGAUCCCGGUUGCACUCUUCCGAACGGAUGAUGCAUUGGAGUUGUUUCACCAUCUCGUUCGCAAGACGGUGCGGGAAUUUAACUUCGUCACCCAUCUCGGACUUCCGCCGUCGAUAAAGCUGAUGUUUGAACUGCGUCGUCCCGGAAUGGAAGGAGAUGUUUUCUAUCUGCUAAUGCAAAUCAUGGAUUGUCAGCUGAGCGUAUUUCGUGCGAAACAGAAACGCACCGGAUCGGGUUCGUCAGAAUCAUGCUCGGACGAUAUCGAUGAUGACCGAGCAAAGAAGGACGAACGGAAGCUCGAACCGCAUCAAACUGAUGGUGGGGAGAUCCAUGAGAGCGAGGAUGAAGAUGACGACGACGAUGAUGUGUUUAUAGAUAGCACCUACCGGAAGCAUACGAUCAAGCUGGAACGACAUCGGGCAAUGAAGCUGAUGUAUCGGUAUGAAAAGUACGAAGAGCAACCGUUGUUCGUAUUCUGGCGGGAGGACAGUAAUGUGGUCAAUCUGGAGCUGUCCGAACCUAUGUUUAGUGCAGCUAUACGCUAUCUGGACGCGAACUCAAGCUAUGUGCCAGAAUGUUAUCGGGUGAAUCUUGGUUUUAGCAUGAGCUAUCUGGAUAUUUCCUAGAGUGUGCAAACCAGCGCAGAGCAGACCAACUUGACAAGAAACCAAAAUGUGUUAUUGCCGGUAGUAGUGUAGGAAAAGUGGGCUUGUUUCCUUGUUUUUUU